UUAAAUUUUUCCCUGAUGACUGUUCGACUCUCAUCUAUCAAGAUGGAGCUGUACAUAACCAUUCUCACCCUAACCACUGUUCUCUCAACUAGUGCUAAAUUUGAACAUGAUGAUUUGCUAUAUGCUGCAUGCUCUGAUGUGGAAGAAGAGUUUUACAUUGGAUAUGAUGAAGAGGAAUUGGGGCAUGUCGACUUUAAACAGAAGAGAGCAGUAGAGACACUACCUGAUUUUGUGGGACCAAAUAACAUAUCAUUUCCCAGAUUUUAUGAAAUCGGUGCUGAUGCAAUAGUAGGAUGCAAACGUGACUUACCAAUAUUUAUUCAAACAUUCAAGAGUCUACCACUAGAAAUGGAUCUAGAUGCACCCCAGACAUCCAUCUAUCCAAAGGAUGAUGUAGAGCUGGGUGUUCAGAACACCCUCAUCUGUCAUGUGACUGGCUUCUACCCUCCAUCUGUCAACAUCUCUUGGACUAAGAACAAUGUUAUUGUGACAGAGGGCAUAAGUAUAAGCCAGUACCGUCCAAGGACAGAUGAUACCUUUAACAUCUUCUCCACUCUUAAGUUCACACCUGAUGAAGGAGACAUUUACAGCUGUACUGUGAGCCACAAAGCCCUCCAAGGUCAACCUCAGACCAAAAUAUGGGAUGUAAAUGUUGCUCUUCCAAGUGUUGGUCCAGCAGUGUUUUGUGGAGUAGGUCUGUCUCUUGGUCUGAUGGGAGUCAUUCUGGGAACGUUCUUCCUCAUGAAAGGACACAACUGUCACUGACUAAUAAAGCCAUGGAAGCAAACAUUGAAAAUAUCUAUUAAUUGUUUUAUAACUGAGCACUUUAAAACAAUAAUAAAAAAAGAUAUGUGUCAUUCUACAUAACAAGUGACAACUGAUGUUAAGGUAUAGCGUUGGAUUUUAUUGCUUCUCGAAUACUUUGAAAUCAUAAUAAACUUUGCUUACUGUGUAACACUAAACAUGAAAAUUACAAAGCUCAAAAAGCCUGAUUUUCUUUUCAUCUUACAAAUGGCAUUCUCAAUUUAUAAGAAGUAAUCUAUACUCACAUCACAUGAUCAAAAAUUAUUUUGAUAACACUGAUUAAAAACACUUUCUCAAUAACAUAUAGACAUUUGAAAAUGAGAUGUAAAUGAGUUUUAAAUCAAAUUAGUGUAAUUACUGCGAUUCAUAUAUAUUCAGAAGUUAGUGUUUUCUUCUUUGACAAAAAGACAUUUUAAAUAUGAACACAAAAAGAUUGUUAUAAGUGUUAUAAUGAGUAAUCUGGGUUUGUUUUCUGUUUUGGUGGGUUUUGAAUCAUAUUUAUGUUCUGUGUCAUGGUUUUCAAACAUUUUCCUGUGUUUUAGUUUCCUCAGUGAUUCAUGGUUUGAUUAUCUGUUGCACCUGUUAAAUAGUUUCUCUGAGUAUUUAAGCACUGUGUUUCUUCUGUUCUUGAUGUGACCUUGUCAUUAUUAUGUUAGUUGUGCCAAAGAACUAAUUGUAUUUAAAAAUAACUAUUAUGGGGUUCAGAUGUUGGUUGCUUAUUGGUUGGGUGCUGCAUAAAUAAUAACCAGCUUUGGAUAUAGAAGAUAUAUAUAUAUAUGAGAUUACUUACAAAGUCUGGUGUGUUCUGAAGUGCAGACAAAGAAUACUUUACACAUAAGGAAAGGAUUUGUAAAUGGUGACUAACUGAAGCAUCUUACUGUGGUUCACAUGAUAAUAUCAACAUGGUUGACACAAUAUUAUACAGAUUGCAUUUGGGCUACACACAUUUACAGCGCAAACUGCGUAGGCCCCCCACAUGAGUGAAGGCAGGGCCCCUUACAGUAUCAAGUCAGUGCGCAAGUGCCAUGCCAUUUGCUAUAGUUUAUUUUGUGUCAAAACUAUUUUCUGCUAUCUGUAUAUAAUGAUUAGUUAUAUAUAACUCAUGACAAUAUUUUACAUUCCACCCUUAAAACUUAAUGAAACAUGUUAGUGAAACAUGUUCUUAAAAAGGAUCUAGUGAAGGAAUGCAAUACAUUUUUACGUUUUUUAUUAUUAUUAUUUAUUUAUCUGUUUAUUUAUUUAUUUAUUUAUUUUCAAGCUAAACUUUUGCUGCAUGGAUUAAAAAAAAAUCUAAUAUACACAUAUCAGUCAAAAUUGAAAAAAAGGAGUUGUCAGCAAAUCAUUUACAUUUUACUUUUUAUUCAGAACAGAGCAAAAUAAAAUCAUAAUAGCAGCUAUAAUAUUACACUACGAAUGUAUAUAUACAAUUAUAAAAUAAAACAGAAUAUAU